AGUAGAAGAAUUAGAAGCCGAAACUAACCUAUGCAAACAAGGCUUGGUAUCGAAUUGGUAUUUAUUAAUUUAUUUACUGUUAUUCGCGAAUAACAAAACCAUGGCAGAUUUUUACAUACGAUACUACGUCGGUCACAAAGGGAAAUUCGGCCACGAGUUUUGGAGUUCGAAUUCCGGCCGGACGGCAAAUUGCGGUACGCAAACAAUUCGAAUUACAAAAACGACACGAUGAUCCGAAAGGAGGUCUACGUGCACCAGUGCGUGAUGGAGGAGCUGAAACGGAUCAUCAACGAUUCGGAGAUCAUGCAAGAGGACGACUCGCUGUGGCCGCCGCCGGACCGCAUCGGAAGGCAGGAGCUGGAGAUCGUUAUCAAAGACGAGCACAUUUCGUUUACCACCUCGAAAACUGGCUCUUUGGUGGACGUUAGCCAGUCGAAGGACCCGGAAGGGCUGCGGUGCUUCUACUACUUGGUACAGGAUUUGAAGUGUUUGGUAUUUUCUUUGAUCGGUUUACAUUUUAAGAUCAAGCCUAUAUAAGUAUGAUUUGUAUUUAAGCGAUGUGUUUUCGAGUGUCAGUAAAAAUAAACGUUUUCUAAGUAAUCAGAUUUUAUUUUUUAAAUUUUGGAAUGCUUCAUUGUUUAAUUCAAUCAUUGUGCUAGCUAAAAUCCGAUCAAAAUAUAUAUUAAGUGUGUAAUUGAUUUAAUUAUUAUGGUAUGAAACGACUGUUACACUAUUAAUUUGUAAUCUCCUACAUUGAUCUGAUUUAGUAAUGAAUUUUUGCUUAUUUUUUUUGGAAUUGUGCUAGAAUAACCAAAUAGGUAGUACCCAUCGAAAUGGCCUGAAAAUAAUGGACACAUCGAUGAUUUACUUAAUAUUUACUAACUCUCUACACUUACUGAAGUUAUUAAAGCUUUGUUUAUUGUAAAGAAUCCGCAAGCUGUGAAAAAUAGCUUGUUAGUGAUUGUAAAAGACAGAUAAAUCCAUAACUAAAAAAAUAUUACAUUUUAAUCUUACUCUUCGUGCAUAAUGUUACUAUUACGAUUACCUUCUUUUUUACUGCUUCAAAAGUCGUUAUUUCUAAUAAAUCGCAAAUUAAUU